UUUGUGAUCAGUUGACCACUGAACAUGUCUGCAGGCUUCCAGUUUCACUAGUGUAGUGAUUGCUGUCAGAAAUCAUGACAUCUAGAAAACGACGUCAAAUUCCUGAUUGGUUGGCAAUGUGUAAAGUGAAGAAAUCGGACACGGACCAUGAUGCACCAGGAGGUGCAGCUUCAGUAAAGAAUGUGGAUGAAACCUUAGGAGGCAACAGUGGUAAAUCAGGGGUCAAGAAUGGAAUUUUAGAAAACAAAACAUCUUCAGCACAAGACAGAACUGAAACUGAAUUCACUAAAUUUGACAAUACUGUCCCAAAAUGUAACAGUAAAGAAGAACGGCAGAGUAUAGCAGCUGCCGAGUUCCAGAAGAGAAUGGAAGAUUUACUACCAGAGAUGAUAUUUACUGGUACUUUGACUUACUCGUCCCAUAAAAAUGAUUGUAAUGCCCUGUGUGAUGAGAUUGAGUCCAGUCUGGUGGGAGAUGUGCUGGGUUUUGAUAUGGAAUGGCCUGUCACUUACAGGCCUGGACAACAGGAUCCAACAGCAGUAGUUCAGCUGUGUACGGGUCCUCAGAGAUGCUACAUUUUUCACCUGUCUACCAUGCAGUGUAUACCCCAACAACUGAACAGACUUCUAAAAAACAGCAAAAUUAAGAAGGUUGGAGUUGGAAUUGAGUCAGAUCUGUGGAAGCUUGAGAGAGACUAUGACAUACAGGUACAACAUAUUGUCAAAAACUCCAUGGUGGAUCUUGCACAGUUAGCGAACAAAGUGUUGAAAACAUCAGAAAACUGGAGUUUGGACGGUCUUGUACGUCAUUUGUUUAAACAAAAAAUAAAUAAAAACCCCGAGAUUAGGAAAAGUAACUGGUCUCAGUAUCCCUUGUCAGAAGCUCAGAAGAAAUAUGCUGCCACAGAUGCCUAUGUUAGUUACGAGAUUUACCAGAAAUUGUUAAACCUUGAUCAAAAUCAAUGCAAUACUUAAUUAGAAUUAAUGUUUCUAUGUAAUAUUCAGCAAUGUUUACAAAAGUUCAAGAUAACUAUCCUGAUUUAGAGAUUCUAAAACCAUGUUGAUAUAUUGCUCAAUGUUACUUGAGUUGCAUGGUUGACAUAAAAAGUUCAUCUGGUACAUUGCUAACUUAAAUGUUAAGGAAUGCUACGAUAAGUUUUCCAGCUAAUGAGUUACUUCCCUUUAAUUUGUUAAAAGGGUUAUAUUAGGUUGCUGUUGUAUCGUUUUCUAUUUUUUUCAGUCCACCAUGUCAUAAAGUUAUACAUGCAGCCAAACAGUCCAAAUUUU